UUCGGUGUAACCGCUCUCUCUUUCCGCCACAGCGAGCCCCGCGGCCGCCGCUUCAUCGUCCUCUCUAUGGACGCCAAGCCAACAAUCCUAGUAGCCGAAAAGCUUGGCGAAGCCGGAGUGAAGCUUCUCAAGGAUUUCGCUAAUGUCGAUUGCUCUUAUAAUCUCAGUCCCGAGGAGCUAUGCACCAAGAUCUCGCUCUGCGACGCGCUGAUCGUGAGGAGCGGGACGAAGGUCAGUCGUGAGGUGUUUGAGUCUUCCGGCGGUAGGCUUAAGGUUGUUGGAAGAGCUGGUGUUGGAAUAGAUAACGUGGAUCUGGCUGCUGCGACUGAGCACGGGUGCCUUGUGGUGAAUGCACCCACGGCUAACACAAUCGCAGCGGCUGAGCAUGGGAUUGCGCUCCUCACUGCCAUGGCGAGGAACAUUGCGCAAGCAGAUGCCUCUGUCAAAGCUGGUAAAUGGGAGAGGAACAAAUACGUUGGUGUUUCACUUGUUGGCAAGACACUUGCUGUGAUGGGUUUUGGCAAGGUUGGAACUGAAGUUGCAAGGCGUGCCAAGGGGCUUGGUAUGCAUGUUAUUGCACACGAUCCAUAUGCCCCAGCUGACCGUGCUCGGGCAAUAGGAGUUGAGCUUGUGAGCUUUGAUGAAGCUAUAUCAUCUGCAGACUUCAUCUCGCUUCACAUGCCACUUACUCCAUCUACAUCUAAAAUUCUCAAUGUUGAAAAUUUUGCAAAGAUGAAAAAAGGAGUGAGAAUUGUCAAUGUUGCACGUGGGGGAGUGAUUGAUGAGGAAGCUUUGGUGAAGGCACUUGAUUCUGGCAUUGUAGCCCAGGCAGCACUUGAUGUUUUCACUGUGGAGCCCCCACCAAAGGACAGCAAAUUGGUGCAGCAUGUGAAUGUAACUGCAACUCCUCAUCUUGGUGCUAGUACCAUGGAAGCUCAGGAAGGAGUGGCCGUUGAAAUAGCUGAAGCUGUUGUUGGAGCCUUGAAGGGGGAGCUUGCUGCUACUGCUGUCAAUGCACCAAUGGUACCUUCGGAGGUAUUGCUUCUAAUCAAUUACAUAUAUUCAUUUAAUUUUGCACCAAAGUUUUCAUUUCAUUUGUCA